UAGUCACCAGUCUUGGUUCUAGCAUGCGAUAUCUGUACCUUGCGACACGCCCUAAGUUCCAGACGCGUCGUCCCUGGUGGCGAGCCUAUCUAGGGCAACGAGCCCUCUAGAGGCUAUAGCGUGGUUGAGUCAGCUUCUUCGUUCGCGGGCUGUCUCGCCUCCUCUCUGAAGCUACUCUCUCAGUCUGCACCCCUUGCUGUCGGCGAUACUCUUCGGUUCUACACGCCCAAAGCAGUGCCUUAGGGUUGUUGGUUGUUGCCGCCAUGGCCUCUCCCUCCCAUGGUCAGACUGCUUCACCAACCACUCAUCACCAGCAUCACCACCGUGCGUCAGCCAUCGCGAGUGUGUGCGAGCAGCUCUACUCCCGCGACCUUCGCCAGUCGCACCCGUUCGCUGACCUCGUUCACAGCCACGCGCGCCUGCAGUCGCAGGCCGCCACGUGGCAGCGGCAGUACGACGCGGAACGCGUGCGCGUGGCGAGCCUGCAGGAGGAGAAGGCGGCGCUGCUGGCGCAGCUCAUGGCGGUUAACGAGUCCACCGCCAGUGUAUGCGUUAGAAGCACCGUCUCCGACGUCAUCGUGACGUAGAUUCCGCCCCUGUCAACAUGGUGUCUCAAUCUCUCCACUCAAUUCAUCCCGUGCCACCAAUGCAUGCCACUUCCCUGAAACAACCGCGUUCGCUCCCCCAUUGUUUCCCUCCUACAGGCCACACCCACACCCACACCCACACCCACACCCACACCCACACCCACACCCACACCCACAUCACCCCCCCCAACACACAAGACAGUCCGAGCAGGUGACGUCGCUGCAGCAGCGCGUGGAGCAGCUGUCCGCGGACGUGGCGGCGAGCGGGCGCACGGCGGCGCAGGCGAGUGGCGAGCUGGUGGCGGCGGUGGCGGCGGUGGCGGCGUUGAGGGACGACGCGGGCAUCAAGGCGGAGCGCAUCCGCGCGCUGGAAGAGCAGCUCUGCACGGCGCUCGGGGCAGCGGGUGAGCUGCGCGCGGCAGUGCAGCACAAGGAGGCGGCCAUCGAGCUCGCAGCAGCGGAGGCAGCGGCGUGCCGCGCAGAGGUGCGCGCAGCGGAGGAGCGGGCGGCGGGCGUGGAGCGCGAGAACCGCAUGCUGGUGGACCGCUGGACCACGCUCAAGCUGCAUCAGGCUGACACACUCAACGAGGCGAAUCAGCUGUACGAGGACCUAGUGGAGCGCACACGAGCGUCCUCCCGCACCCUCCAGCACCUCGCCUCCCAGCAGCCCGACGGCAUUCUGCAGCUCGCCGAGCCGGGCGUCUCCCCGCACCUCAUCUCCACGCACGCGCCCUCACGCGCCCUGCGCUCGCAGCGCUGCCACGAGGGCGCAUGCUGCGCGCUCGCGAUGAGCGUGGCGGGCGACCGCAUCGUGACGGGGGGGGAGGACGGGGUGGUGAAGGUAUGGGAUGCGCACCGGGGCGCGCUGCUCGAUACUGUCAGGGGGUGCCUGGGGGCGGUUAUGGAUCUGGCUGUGCUGGGGAGGGGGGGAGGAGGAGGAGCAGAAGGGAGGAGGCGCAGCAGCAGCAGCAGCGCAGAUUCGCCCCCGGCACCCCACCACAGCUUUUCUGCUCUUCUAGCAGCGUCCACAGACCACAAGCUCUACCUAUGGGAUGCUGCCACGUGGCAGGUAAGGCACACGCUCACCGGCCACACGGACAAGGUGGUGGCGGUGGACGUGGACGAGCACAGGGGGGGAGGCAUUACCAGCAGCAGCGGCGGUAGCAGCAGCAGCAGCAGUGCGCGGGCCAUCAGUGCAGCGUACGACCGCACCAUGAAGCUGUGGGACCUGGAGCGCGGCUUCGCCACAGUCACCUUCCUGUGCCACAGCAACUGCAACACGCUGCGCUUCGCCCCCGGGGGCGUCUCCGCGCUCUGCUCCGGCCACGUGGACGGGCAUCUGCGCAUGUGGGACGUGCGCACGGGGAAGCUCGCCAACGAAGUGGCUGCGCACGCCAUGGCCAUCACGUCCCUCUCGCUCUCCUCCUCUGCUGUGGCCGCGCGGCACAGUGGCGGCGGUGCGUCAGCAGCCAGCAUUCACGACCUGGUCACGUGCGGGCGGGACAACAUCCUGCGCGUCUUUGACCUCCGGUCGCUGGCUGCCAAGCAGGUGCUGAGGGGUCCGCAGGGGUUCAGAGUGGCGUCCAACUGGAGCCGUGCGUGUGUCAGCCCGACAGAUGAGUACGUGGCAGCGGGCAGCAUGGAUGGGUCGGUGAUCGUGUGGAGCCGACGCACUGCUGCUGUGGAGCGGCACCUCAAGCCGCAAGCCUCUGUUUCAGGUUCGGGUUUAGGCUCGGGUUCAAGUUCGGGUUCAACUGGGUCUGGUGGGUCUGCUUCUGCAGCAGCUGUGGCGCCCAUUUUGACGACUGUGUGGGGCAGCUGCGGCUUGCCACUGGUCACCGGGGACCGGGUGGGUAUGGUGACCACUUGGGAGUGAGCACAUUGGAUUGGAAAAUGUAUGUAUGUAAUCAGGGACAUACAAGAUUCAGGGAACUAGCUGGUCUGGACGUUAGUAAAAUUCUGUGGGGUGUGUGCAUCAGCUCUCAACUGAAACCGAGUGGAGUGGUGUGCCGGGCCCAAAUUAGCCGGGUGAAAUGCGCUGAUUGCCCUGAUUUUUCAGGGCAUUUUUUCAUUUGGUCUUAAAAAUCAGAC